CCGGAUGACGUGGCUGAACUGCAAGAGCAGCAGCAGCAGCAGUAGUGGUGGCGGACAGUGAGAGAGACAGAGAGCAAUUCAAAAUCCGUCACUGACACAGAGCCAGGAAGAAGAAAGGGGGGAUAUCUUGAAUUGAACUGGAACCCCGAGUCUCUUGAAAGCGUUUCUGAAUCACGAUGGCGACGAUCAGGGUAACGCUGUUGUUGUUGUUGUUGUCCGCUGUGGAUAUGCUGCUGCCUGUCUGGGCGGAUGAACACGAUCAUACGUAUACAGAUACAGAAGAAGUCGUCUUGUGGAUGAACACAGUUGGACCAUACCACAACAGACAAGAAACAUACAAGUACUUUUCACUGCCCUUCUGUGUUGGGACAAAAAGGGCUAUUAGCCAUUACCAUGAGACACUAGGAGAGGCUCUCCAAGGAGUUGAACUAGAGUUUAGUGGGCUGGAUAUCAAAUUUAAGGAUGAGGUUCUGCAAACAACAUACUGUGAAAUUGAGCUGGAUAAAGGAAAACGAGAAGCCUUUGUUUAUGCCAUAAAAAACCAUUAUUGGUACCAGAUGUAUAUCGAUGACUUGCCAAUCUGGGGCAUUGUUGGAGAAGCAGAUGAAAAUGGAGAAGACCAUUACCUGUGGACCUACAAGAAACUGGAAAUCGGGUACAACGGCAAUAGAAUUGUAGAUGUGAAUCUGACAAGUGAAGGAAAAGUCAAGCUUGUGCCAAAUACAAGAAUUGCAAUGUCUUAUUCUGUAAAGUGGAAAAAGUCAGAUGUAAAGUUUGAAGACAGAUUUGACAAGUAUCUCGAUCCAUCCUUCUUUCAACACAGAAUUCACUGGUUUUCGAUCUUCAAUUCCUUUAUGAUGGUUAUUUUUCUUGUGGGCUUGGUUUCCAUGAUUCUUAUGAGAACGUUACGGAAAGAUUAUGCAAGAUACAGCAAAGAGGAAGAGAUGGACGAUAUGGAUCGGGAUCUGGGGGAUGAGUAUGGAUGGAAGCAGGUUCAUGGAGAUGUUUUCAGGCCAUCCGGCCACCCCCUCAUGUUCUCAUCUCUGAUUGGAUCCGGCUGCCAAAUCUUUUCAGUCUCCUUGAUUGUUAUUAUUGUAGCAAUGAUUGAGGAUCUGUAUACUGAGAGAGGGUCCAUGCUUAGUACUGCUAUUUUUGUCUAUGCUGCAACAUCACCAGUAAAUGGUUAUUUUGGAGGAAGCUUGUAUGCUAAACAAGGAGGCAGAAGAUGGAUAAAGCAGAUGUUCAUUGGAGCCUUCUUGAUUCCUGCCAUGGUGUGUGGAACUGCGUUCUUCAUCAACUUCAUUGCCAUGUAUUACCACGCCUCAAGAGCCAUACCGUUUGGGACAAUGGUUGCUGUGUGCUGUAUCUGCUUCUUUGUGAUUCUUCCACUGAAUCUGGUUGGAACAAUUCUAGGCAGAAAUUUGUCUGGGCAACCCAACUUCCCAUGCCGGGUAAAUGCUGUGCCACGUCCAAUCCCAGAGAAGAAAUGGUUCAUGGAGCCAGCUGUUAUUGUUUGUCUUGGUGGGAUUCUGCCAUUUGGCUCUAUCUUUAUUGAAAUGUAUUUCAUUUUCACCUCGUUUUGGGCUUACAAGAUCUACUAUGUCUAUGGCUUCAUGAUGCUGGUCCUGGUCAUUCUCUGCAUUGUGACAGUCUGUGUGACCAUUGUGUGCACCUAUUUUCUGCUCAAUGCCGAAGACUAUAGGUGGCAAUGGACAAGCUUUCUUUCUGCAGCCUCGACUGCAGUCUAUGUUUAUAUGUAUUCCUUCUACUACUAUUUCUUUAAAACAAAGAUGUAUGGCUUGUUUCAAACAUCAUUCUACUUUGGAUAUAUGGCAGUGUUCAGCACUACUUUGGGGAUAAUGUGUGGAGCUGUUGGUUUCAUGGGAACAAGUGCCUUCGUUAGAAAGAUCUACACAAAUGUGAAAAUUGAUUAGUAGAAGUGACAGCACUGGGAACGGUGGAUCAGUGUCUGCUUUUCUUACUGGGCAGGAACUUGCACAACUCCUUUUGCAAGAAGAGAUUGGGUAUAUUACUGGGUACAUUGUGGGUCUCCAUUUUAUGGAUGACUUAAAAGAAACAUCUAUUUCCAUCGAUCCUAAGUUCUUAUUGAGUGCUUUCAACAUUUUUUCAUGAGAGCAAAUGCUUGGGUUAUAUGCAGUAUGCAUUUACAAUACAGUGCUAAUUUCCCCCCAAAAAACUAGCUCAUUAAUGAUGAAUCGUCUAGCUCUCUUCAGUGAAGAGGACAAACAGUUUAUUGAAAGCAUUUUGUUCUAUUAUAAGAGGGAAAGUUGGCUGCUUAAACUAGUUGACCUGGAGUCUUUCUGGUGUGUUUUCAUCCAAAAAGCCUUAAUAAUUCUAGUUUCAGUAACCAUUGCUAAGUACUGCUGUUUUUUUUUUUUGUUUGGUUUUUUUUUUUUCUCUUAUGUUAACUCUGGGUACUGCUUAAAUUUGUGUGCAUUAACUUUGCAUUCACCCAAGGUUGUAAAAAUGAAAAAGUGCAUGUAAUAUAUCAGCUUUGACUAUAGCUGGACCAAUACCAUUUCCCACCUAUUUAUCUUGAUAUUAAUUAUCAUGUAAACUGGUUAUUUAAAUCCAUCCAUCCAAAGAAAAGGUUCCAUUUAGAUCAGAAACGGUGUUCUGCACUACAAUGUACUGUACAGCUAGUGAACAUAGGUUACUGUUGUGACUGGUGAAUUUGUUUUUAUUAGAUAUUUUGAGGUCUGAGUAACAUUAUUUUAAUUGGAUGUCUGAUGUGGUCCUUGUUUUCCUUUUCCUUUUUUUUUUUUUUUUUCUUCCCAAAUCCUAAUUUUUUGUAUGUUUUAUGUUUGGGUUUGAAUGAAGGCUUUACUUAAGAAAUUAUAUCGAUAGGGGAUAUUACAUGUAUAUAACCUUCAAAUAAUGGAACUUGAGGUAGCACCCAGAUGUAUUUGGAUGUACAGAUUUAUUACAGAGUACUUUUUCUUAAAAAGAAAUAUUCCAUAAAGAAAUGUGUGGGGGGGGGGCGGAGUUGGGUGGUUUUUUGUCAUCUUGCUCAUCAUUGCAUGAACAUUGAACUUUAUCAUAAUGUGUGUGUCAUGCUUUUCUUUUUUCUUUUAAAAACUAAGUUUGUACUUUUUUUUUUUUUUUGUUAACCUUUCCUGAACAGUUUAUGUACAUCUUCUAAAGCAGUCUUUCUUUAGAGUGUUCAUAUAAUAUAAAUAAACUUUUCAGACAAAUGUAUUCUUGCUUAUAAAUUUUAGUGACCCUUAUAUAUUGUACAGAUAUAUUUUUUGGAAUCGUUCAUUAGCAGCUCUGGUCAACCCAUUGCUAUAUGUACCACACAGGUUAUAAACAAGUUAAGUAGUGUCUGUGCAAGUGGAAGUAAUCAAAUAUCUUCCUUUCUGCAAGCUACAGUAACAGUACAAAAACAUUUAUAACUGUCAUACAAUCUUGUUAUACCACAUAUAGUAUCAGUUCCUAAAUAAUCUGUUUUAAAAUGUUUUGUAGAUACAUUUGCAUUUCUAAUGCAGUGUUUACCAUCUAAAGUUUAAUGUAUAAUACAGUGUCUUGGAGUAAAAAAACUGAAUAUGCUGUUAAAAAAACUUUCAGAUUACACAUUUUAUUUGUCCACAUUUUGAUACAGUAUCUAAAAGGUGUUCAAUACUGUUUAACGAUACCAUUUUUUUGUUUGUUUUAAUGGAUCAUGUCACUAGUAUAUUUGCAACAGUUCUGUGAAUACAGACAGUUUAUUGUAUCUUGCUAAACUGAUUUAACUCUUCUGCAAGAAAAAUGGGCAGAAUAGUAAAUGCUGAUAAGCUCUGCUAGGUCGCGCUCAGUAGUUGUAAAAAUGUAGGGUUAAAAGAUAGUCUUCACUUUACAUUUUCUUAUUUUUAUAACUAAAUCACAGUUUGCUUUUGUUUUUAGUAACUUACAGAUUUUACCAUUUGUACAUUCAUUUUCUUAAUAGAAACACAGUUGCAUUAAAUCGAUGGGUGUUUUUUCUUCAUAGGGAUUGGAGGGGCAAUACUAUUGAUUUUUUUGUUAUGAUUGUUUAUAUUUCAUGUUCUGGAUGUCAGCAUUAUUAGCACAUAUUGGAAUUUGUGUAUUUUUGGUUAUAUCCUUGUUUUCUACAUUUUCAGAACUUUGAAAAUGCAGUGUGAGCUCAUGCAAUUUGAUUAAUAAAACAAGCAGAACAAUACCUUGUUUUCUAUCUCUGCAAUAGCUGGGUUGUUAGAUCAUUUGUUUUUGUAAGGGACUAUAUGAGGGUGUUCCCCCCCACCCCCCCAUUGUAAUAAACUGGGCUGUAAACAU